GGGGGGGAACCAAAGAGCCCCGGAACCUUCGUGCUGGCGAAGGGGGACGAUGUUGAAAAACGGACCGCAGCUUGCCCUUGGGCUCCAGCCGCAGCGGCCUUGUGCAGCGCCGUAUCUCUUCCGGGCGGGCGCCGCUCUGCAGGCCUCAGACUCCGGGCGCCAUGAGCUACCAGCUGCAUUUGGCGCUGCCGGACGAAGCCCGCUCGCUGCCGCCCCCGCCGCUCCUCAACUUCGGCUCCCUCUGGAUGGGCUUCAUUGGCUGGGCGUCCGCCUUGACCUACAACGGCAUACUGCGCAGGCCCAUCCUGGCCACGGGCAUCCACCGACAGCUCCUUUAUGCUUCCGUGGGAUUUUACAUCGGCCAUUAUUUGACAAGGCGAGCCGCUUAUUACCAUGCGAAAAGGGACCGAGACAUGUUCGAGUACAUCGAGCGGCAUCCCGAGGAUUUUAAGGACAAGGAAAAGAAAACCAUGGCCGAAGUUCUGGAGAACUUCUACCCCAUUCGCUGAAGUCUUGGCAAACAGCUACAGUGACUCAUUCAGCCACACCCCUCUCUGAGUACUUCCCAUGCCCCCCCCCCCCCCCCCGGCCUGUGGAUUUGCAGAGAAUGUAUCUCACCAUACAGGAAGAGUACCUGAUUGAAACAUGAAGACCAUCAUUGGGUCAAUAAAAUGACAAACAGAA